AGAAGAAGGCCGAACUCAUCCAGCCUCACUUCCAGCCAGUCAGUCGCUCGUGUGGCCACGACCGCAGCACAUACAUUCAUACAAAACAACCACGCAUGCCAAAGCCUGCCUACAACCAAUACUUCCCCACACAACCUCUCCGUUUCUCGCUUCUUUUGUGUUCCACGCCGCCGUCGGACGACACGCAGUCGGCCAGACAUCUGUGUGUUUUUAUUUUUUUUAAUUUGAUUUGAGAAGGCGAGCCACAGUGAAGCUUUCAAGACGUUGACUGCAAGCAAUUGGACAAUCAAACUGCCGUCUCCCUGACUUCACAGUUGAAGGGGUUUCCUGCUUACUGAUACCUUCACAAGAGAACGAAAAGUGCAGUGGCGCUGAGGCUGCUCUCAGGUCAGGACAAACCCGUCACCAUGGAUAUGGAUGAGGAGGAGAAUAUGAGUUCGAGCAGCACUGACGUUAAGGAAAACCGAAACCUGGACAACGUGUCCUGCAAAGAAGGGGUGGGUGUGGCCGAACAGCUCCCCAAUGGAAGUGGUCUGGGCAGUCGAAAGCGCCCCCUGGAGGAAGGAAACAAUGGUCACACUCACGCCAAGUUCCGAGCCAAGAAGCGCAAGAAAACGCCAGGACCCAUCCUGCCCAAGAAUGCCCUGAUGCAGCUCAAUGAAAUCAAACCAGGUCUUCAGUACAAACUGCUGUCCCAGACAGGACCGGUCCACGCGCCGGUUUUUGUCAUGACCGUAGAGGUCAACGGACAGACGUUUGAGGGCAUGGGUCCGACCAAGAAAAAGGCUAAAUUGAAUGCGGCAGAGAAAGCUCUGCGUUCCUUUGUUCAGUUUCCCAAUGCCUCUGAGGCACACCUGGCCAUGGGUCGAACACUGACCGUGAACACAGACUUUACUUCCGACCAAGCUGAUUUCCCAGACAUGCUCUUCAACGGCUUUGAGACACCGGCCAUACCCGAAGAGCCCUUCUAUGUCGGUUCCAACGGUAGCAGUACUUUAAACUCACUAGGGGAGUACCCACUGCCCACACCACCUGGCAGCAACCUUGUCCAGGCGCCGCUGCCCCCUCCCUCGGCAUUCAGCUCCCCCUCCAGUGGCAAAAACCCUGUCAUGAUUCUCAAUGAACUCAGGCCAGGCCUCAAAUAUGACUUUGUGUCAGAGAGCGGGGAGAGUCACGCCAAGAAUUUUGUGAUGUCAGUGACGGUGGAUGCACAGACAUUUGAAGGCUCAGGGCGCAACAAGAAGCUAGCUAAGGCCCGGGCAGCACAGGCUGCUCUCUCAGCUCUCUUCAACAUGCAACUAGACCAGACACCAUCCAGGCAGCCCAUACCCAGAGAGGGACUACAGCUUCACCUCCCGCAGGUUCUCGCCGAUGCAGUCUCUCGACUGGUGGUGGAUAAGUUCAGCGAACUGACAGACAACUUCACCUCCCCCCAUGCGCGGAGGAAAGUCCUGGCAGGCGUCGUCAUGACAACAGGAACGGAUGUAAAGGAGGCGCAAGUGAUCUGUGUUUCGACAGGAACUAAAUGCAUCAACGGUGAGUACAUGAGCGACCGCGGCCUGGCCCUCAACGACUGCCAUGCUGAGAUAAUCGCCCGACGCUCGCUCAUGAGAUACCUGUACAUCCAGCUGGAGUUCUUCCUCAGCAGCAGCAAAGAAGAGCAUCAGAAGUCGAUAUUCACGCAUUGUGACAAAGGAGGCUACAAGUUAAAGGACAACAUUCAGUUCCACCUCUACAUCAGCACCUCACCCUGCGGAGACGCCAGAAUCUUCUCCCCGCACGAGGCCGGCGUCGAAGACCAAGGAGACAGACACCCCAAUCGAAAAGCAAGGGGUCAGCUUCGGACCAAGAUCGAAUCCGGGGAGGGCACUAUACCUGUGAGGUCCAGUAACACCAUCCAAACCUGGGAUGGGGUUCUCCAGGGAGAGAGGCUACUUACCAUGUCUUGCAGCGACAAGAUUGCCAGGUGGAACGUGGUGGGCAUCCAGGGUUCCAUGAUGAGUUACUUCACAGAGCCCAUCUACUUCUCCAGCAUCAUCCUCGGAAGCCUCUACCACGCCGACCACCUCUCUAGAGCCAUGUACCAGCGCAUCGCCGAUAUCGAGGACCUCCCCCAGCAGUUCACGCUCAACAGACCUCUGCUCAGCGGCAUAAGCAACGCAGAGGCCAGACAGCCAGGCAAAGCACCCAACUUCAGCGUCAACUGGACUGUGGGCGACCAGGGCUUGGAGGUGAUCAACGCCACCACCGGCAAGGACGACAUGGGCCGAGCUUCACGCCUCUGCAAGCACGCCCUCUACAGCCGCUGGGUGCGCUUACACUCCAAGCUGUCUUCCGUGUUGCGGAUCAAGGUGCUCAAGCCAGGUUCCUACCACGACGCCAAGCAGGCUGCCGCCGAGUACCACUCGGCCAAGCAGGCGCUCAUCAAGGCUUUCCACAAGGCCGGCCUGGGGGCUUGGGUCAAAAAGCCCAUCGAGCAAGACCAGUUCACUCUGGGCUCCUGAGGCAGUGACUGGACCAAGGGAUUCUGAACCUUCCCAGAGCCCCCCCUCCACCUCAGAGAGAUAGACCCAUGUUAGCAGCCCACCCACAGAAACCCCUCACCCGUGUGCCCCCCACCCUAUAUUUGCACGCACUUGCAGCUGUUAACUCGUGGAAAUAAAUGUGUAUAGUUUCCUCCACCACCCCACCCCACAAAAAAACAAAAAAAACAAAACCUCAUCAGGGUCACUCCUUACCGGAUUCACCUCAUGAAAUUGCGUGCUUUUUAUUUUUGCUUUUAACAGAUGGUGGGCUUCCUCGUGAACUAAAACUGGGAUCCAUGAUUUAUGUUUUUUAUGUCGUAGACAAAGAAAGUGUAUGUUUCUGUUUUGUUUUAGAAAGUGUAGUUUAUGUUGGGGCAAUGCAUGUAGUCAGAUUAGCGUACCCGAGCGAUGCACAGGCGGACGCCAAUGACCCUAAAGAUACAGAAAAGUUGUCAUUUAAACAUGCAAUGUAGUGCUGGGCAAUUAAAUCUCAUAGUAAUUAGUAAUGAAAUGUGUUAUUUGAAUCUUAGAUAUUUGAUGAGACAUGCUCACUACUUUGUAGGAAACAAAGUGUAGAUUCUGGGGGGGGGGGGGGGGGGGGGGGGUUGACAGUAAUUCAUGUGUACUUUUACAUUCCUUAUUGUUCGUGUUUGGCGUGAAUGGAUGUUGUUAGCUGCUCGCAGUCAUUGUAGUCUUAGCCUGGGUCUUGGCUGGUGCUUUUUGGGAAGUUUGUUUCUGUCAUCUUAAGCUGUGUUUGCAUGGCGGACCCGCACAGCAGAACGGAACGCAUGCAGAGAAGAGAGAAAGAAAAGAAUGCGUGUGUGUGUGAAUGCCAGCGUAUUCUACACAGGCAGCUUUCAAUCUGUGUCUAUUUUCUACAUUUCUGCUGUUAGUUGUUUGGGUUUACGGGGAGGGGGGAAAAUCGCUUAUGUUUUCUUAACGGUGGUCUUUUUGUAGAUUAUGGAUUAUACUAAAACAAAACAAAAAAAACUCUAGAGCCCAAGUGAUACUGGAUUUAUUUUUUUGGGAAGGGGUGGGCAGAAUACUGAUGCAGAUAUUUGUUUAAAAAAAAUAAUAAUAAACUGAGCACUAUUGAGCUCUUGGCCGAUAUUUUUAUGUACAAGGUACAUAUGUACUGUCAGUGAAAUGUAUUUAAAAAGUACUCACUAUGCAAAAUGGCCCGAUAUAGUGUUGUAUUUAUCGUAUGCUAGUUAUUUACGUGAGUCAUUUUAAAUGUUGUCACUUUGGAGUUCACACUAGAGUAUUUAGUACAACAAAGCGUGAGGCGUUGUUAGUUCGAAAAGCGACACAUUUGGGGGUUACCCCUCCGAAUAGUAGAAAAAUUCUCAAACCUCACCAACCCGAACCACUUCUCUACUUUGGAGAAUUACAUAUGAUUUCCUUCCAAAUUCUUAAGUCAUUUACAGCUAAAUGAACUUUUUCAAGAGUUCAACAGCUGAUUUGUUAAGAUGGGCAUACGUUAUACGAUUUUGACAAGAACUCAUUGUUCCACUUUGGUCCUGUAGGUGUCAGUAACAAGUGUUUAAGAUUUCUUUUUCUUUUUUUUUCUUUUUUUUUGGACAGACUGUGACCAAGUUUCAGAUUUGCACAGUGUAUGCCCAGCUUUAAUAAAGGACGCUUAAUGUCAGCUGUUAAUUGUUAUUUGGUGCAAAUUAAUACCUCCACGUGUUCGAAAUCAAUGUACCGGGGGGGUUAUGCUACAGUGACAGUAAGGCCAGGUACACCCAUGCCGAUAAUUCAGCCGAUUUUAAGUCCGAUUCCCCCUUCUGAUCAUAGCCAGGAAAGGCCUGAUUAUUGGAUGUGUCUAAAAGAUUAUCCUGACCGAUUAUCCUGUGGUGUGGGGUGUGCUCAGAAAACAAUCGGGGCUGACGAUCGUAAACAUCAGACAUGUUUAUUUUACGAUUGCAAAUCCUUGUGUGGUCAACACUGAGUUAGGCUGAGUCACGGCCUCUGCACGUUUGAUGUGAAUUUAAUCGAGAGCCAAAUAGGAAGUUAGCCUAGCUAAUUCUGUUUCUUCUUCUACUACUACUAUUUAUUUUCCAGCAGUCUGGAUGCCUUUCGGCACCAUGCUGCCUCUCACAGAUGAGUGGUGGUACUAUGUGGUUUGGAGGAGGAGACAUAGUUAUGUGUAUGGUGUGUUGUCGAUCUUGAGUAUGCAACACUUGGGAUGAAUCGACGAGUUGACUUUGCAACUCCGCAUCAAUUUAAAGGGUUAGAACGAUUAAAAAGACAAGGAAAAUAGUAGUUAGCUUAGCUGCUUCUAUUUCUUCUUUGUAUUGUCCGGUAGUAUGGAUACCCUGUGGCAACAUGCUGCCCCUCAUGGGUCAUUCUUGGUACUGCAACGGACAUCUGUUUUAGGUGAGGAGGCUUGCAAUCAGUGGAUUUAUGGGUGUAUGUGUGUAGGGGAUGUACAGACUAGCUGACUCCACAAUGACAUUUUGAGAGCAAUGUCGACUAUAGGGACAGACCAAUGUUUUUUUUGUUUUUGUUUUUUUUUUCAGAAUAACAUGGAGACCAAUACUGUACUGAUUAUUAGUAGUCAAGGAGGCCAAUAAUCGAUAUUUGGAGCCAAUAUAAAUUUCCAGUAAAAGGGAUAAUAUUCGCAUCAAAAUUUUGAGUAAUACCAGCUCCAAAACUUUGUUUUAAUGCCUUCCAAAAUUUCAAUAUAAAUUGAUUGUUAAUCCUUCACUUAUCUUUGUUUUAAGUUCAAACAAAAAGUGCAGGGAGUUCAACAUUUCAAUAAAUGGUUCCUGAAGUUUACCCAGUUUUAAAUUGAUCAAUUAUUGGUUGUCCCAUUUAAAAAUAAUACAAUUAAAUAAACACUGAUGCCAGUAUGUGUCGAAAUGGCGAAUAUCGGCGCAGAUAGUCAGCCUGGCCAAUAAUUGGUCUAGACCUACUCUUAACGCAUUCUACACCACAGAAUAAUCGCUCAGGAUGAUCUGUUGCAGACAUCCCAUUAUCGGGCCUUUGCUGACUUGGAUUGGAAAGGCGAAAUGGAUUAUCUGUAUUUGUGUACCCAACUUAAUCUGAUCAAUUCAAGUCAAUAUCUUGUGUGUCACGUCACAGUGAUGUCAGUAGAUGGUCGUCAGAGUCCACGUCGACACUACGGGUAAAUGGUAGACGGUCGUAAUUUGUAGUGAUGUUAUUCCAGCCCUUAACGUCUUUGUGAUUUAGAUGUAAAUGAGGGAAUCGUCCCCGGGAAAUGAGGUGAAUCGCCUUUCCCGCGCAGAAAUAUUCGCAAGUAUGGGUAUUCGCGCGUGUGUGUAUCGUAUGUGUGUGUGUGUGUGUGUGGGUGCUCAGGCUGCUUUAAGCAUUCUCUGGAAUCUUCACCAAAGAUGAUGUCCACUUGUGUGUGCCAUCCAAAAAUUGUUCCUUAUUCAUAAUCUGCUCCUUUUACUUUGGGGGAAACCUGAUUAUCAUGUCAUUAUGUUUGAAUUUACAGUUAACCCCUGCUAUUCAUGGGAGAUAAAGACCAAACGCUGCUGCAAAUAAUGAAAAAUUGUGAAUGCAAAUCUGGCAAAAAGUCUCCGGAACUUCCACUGAGAAACAUAGCUCCUGCCAACAUACAAAGAUGUUAGUCUCUCAGUGAAGCUGUAGCAAUUAAACUACUUCCUUGACACCAACUACUACGAUUAGCACGGACUUUGGCACCAUCUUCUGGCAUUAUAGAAAGCACACAAACUGCAAUAGUGUUUUUUUAUUUGUUUGUUUUUGGGGUUUUUUUUGCGAAAUGAAGUGAGUGAAUAAACAGGGGUUCAUUGUAAUGUCAUUUAUUUUGAAUACAUCAUUUGGGCUUCUUUUAUGUAUAUUGUAACUCUCCAAGAUUGCCAAUGACCUAAAGAUUUAGUAGGGUUUUUUUUAAUACAAAAACAUUUUAAAAAGACGAAUUCUGUUCAGAUCAGACCUUCCCACCCUUGAACCUCUUGUUUUUUUGUUUUUUUUUCUUCUUUUUUGCCUCACACCUCCCACUUGUCUUUGUAGCCGACCAAAACAUAUGCACUGUAUAUGUAAGACACCUCAGUAUCUAGCGGCUGGCACGUGUGAUGUCAUAUGUACUGUCCGUUACUCUUUCCCUGCAGUGUAUCCGGUUGUUUGUGACGUUUUAUGGAGAAUUGAUGUUUUCUCAAAUAUUGAGAAUCUUCCAGAAUUGAAUGUAAAGUGUAAAAAAAAAAAAAUUAAAUUCAAAGAUAGCAGAAGAGUGUAGGAUCCUGGACCAAAGUGACAUGCAAUACACCCCCCCCCUUGUCUGCUGUGAUGUCACUUUAAUGCCCCCCCACACACACACACACACACACACAGACACUUGCUCUUCUGAUCUCUCCACUGAGCUCUUUUGUAUAUAAGGACUGCCUGCUUGUAGUUGUCUUUUUCUUCUUUCGACUGCACUGAAGAUGUCAACCGAUGAUGUCAUGAAACCGUCCCUGUUUCAGGUUCGUCUGGGAGACGACUGCAGCAAGAACUGAACUGAAUUCUCCUUGCAAAUCCACAUGUAAAUUCACAAUGACGCUCAGUGACCGCCCCCCCAAUGUGUGAACCCCCCUCAGUCCUCCUGCCAACAAACUCUACAGUACCUUGCAUGUAUUUACCAACGUUGCACCUCGCAUGAUUAACUUUUAAAGGACUCGUGUAGAAAAAAAAAAAAUAAUGACAAUAGAGGCAAAAUGAAUAAAAGGAGUUCUUAGUUUA